AUUAGGAAGUCCUCUCUGUCUCUCCAGCCUGACAAAUAAUGUCUGUCAUUAUAUACAUCUUCACUUCAUUGGAUCUUUAGAGGUUUUUUCUUCAUCCACAACAGGAAGUUGACAAUCUUCAAGAACUGAUUUACAUAUGGCCAUCGUCGCUUCAUCAAAUUAGCGAUUUUUGGGACCUGAAUUUCACCCUCAGCGAUCAAAAAUUCCAAGCCCACUGGAAAUUCUUUCGUCGUCUUUCACCCUAUUGCCAGAUACCCCAGCGCCUGGCAAAAUGUUGCUUUAAUUGAACGAGAAAAACCAAGAAGUGCCCAUCCUUGGUCGUGAAAGCCUUCCCGAGGAACUCAUCGAGGAUAUCUUAGUGCAUCUUCCAGCCAAAUAAAUUGGUCAGUUUAGGUGUGUUUCAAAAUCAUGGCGAUCUUUUCUCUCGAACCCUCAAUUUAUAAGAGACCACCUUAAUUUUCACAACCUUCAUGACCCUGAAGAACUCAUAGUAAUGGAUUUAGAAUCCUUGUGGUGACGCUCUCUACUGAUCAGAGCACUGAUAGGAGUAGGAACAGUCGGGUUUCAAGAAGAGUGGUUUGUCCAUUUCAACGAGAAAUGUUGGGGAGGAGGUGUAAGGUGGAAAGUUCAUGCCAUGGUUUGGUUCUGAUAAGCAAUGAAUGCAGUAAAUUUUUGAUGAAUCUCAUUACUUCGGAGGCGAUUAAACUACAACCAUUUGGCUUUUUCAAGGCAUUUUUUGAACAUUAUGUGCAUGUUUUAGGAUAUAAUGAUACUAAUGUUGACUACAAGAUUGUCACCAUUUUGUGUUGCCGUGCUCGUCUUGAGCCCGAGCUCCCCAAAACAAAAGUGGAUGUUUACAGUGUGAAAACGAAAACUUGGAAGAGCCUACCGGAUUCUUCUUAUGAUCAUUAUGAAUCUUUUGAAUCUUUUGGUUAUGGUCAGGAUGGAGUGUUGCUGAAUGGAUAUGUGCAUUUGUUGGCUACUGACAAUCAGACUCAAGUCUCAUCUCCCGCACCUACGGUUACUACUGUUUUCAACUUGACCCAUGAAAGAUUUGACAAAGUAGUGCCAUCUCCUAAAGAUAUUGCUAACAUUCAUUGUGGUAGACUCACUACUUGUGGUGGAUGUCUUGCAUUGAUUCUUUGUUACUAUUACUAUGAUUUUGAUGUGUGGGUGAUGAAGGAUUGCGGGGUGCAAGAGUCUUGGACUAGAUUUACCAUCGCUUGUCGUCCAUAUGGAGGUUUUUCCGGAUUUAGACCGACUUAUCUUCUGAGUGAUGACAAGGUUGUUUUUGUGGUGGAUUGUUGGAAGUGGGUUGCGCUUACUCCGUCAAGUGGAGUAUGGAGGGAUCUAGAAAUGGUUGGGUUCCCAAAUGAAAAUGUGUAUGAUAUAUUGACUUUUAAAGAGAGUCUCUUGUCUCCUAAUUACGGGUCUUAAGUAAAGAAGCAUAAUCCUCCUGAUUACAUAAGCAAAUGGGAAGCGGAUUCACUUUGAUUUUUAU